CAGGCAAGUGUAGGCUCAAAAAUAUUGUUUCGUGAAUUAAAAGCUUUAAAUUUGAUAAAAUACGUAUGGAAUCGAAGUUAGAUAGCUACAGAAAGACAAAACGGCGUCAAGCGCUCCUCAACGACGUCAAGGAACGGAUUUACAAUAUGGUGUCCUUCCAUCAAGUGCAAACAGAAGAGAAAGCAUCCCACGUCAUUAUAGAGGCUGAUAAUGAACCAACAGAAAGUUAUACCAAACGAAAAAUAGAUGGUGCCGAACAUGCCGGUAAAGUUAAUGUUAAAACGGUACGUUUCUGUCCCAGCACUGAACCAACGCUCCUAGAGUCGGAUCUUUCGGAUGGUACGAUAUCGAAUGAGACAGUAGAACCCGAACCAAAACCACGAUCGUGGAUGACUUACCUCACCUAUCUGGUAUACUUCCUGUUUUGGGCAACGCUCUAUGCCAUUGCAAUAGAACUACGUUUCGGGGUUGUAUUUUUAAUGCUUUCGGCAUUAUUUGGGAUAUACUUUAAUACCCGCACAAAGAAAGCACCGGGUGAGGUAAGUGCGUACAGUGUAUUUAAUGAAAACUGCGAAGCUAUCGACGGUACCUUGAAGGCUGAACAAUUUGAGAGGGAGAUAGGUAUAAGGCAUUGACUCUAUAUUGUUGAGAUUUUUUUUAUUCAAUUUCGGUAUUUAUUAUAAAGGUUUCGAUGGUUGUACAAUGAAAAGUUUAUUACUACACUCGAGAGAGGCAGAGGAAAAGAAAAAAUGAGAAAUGUUGCGACACUGUACAUCCCUGAAUGUUAUGGUUACUUAUGCUGGGAAUUUAUACUGGGACGCUAUUUAGUUUUGUUUCAAAUGAAAUGUACAGCAUACAAUUCCAUGCAAAAGUCGGUCAGCCAACUGAUUUUAGCUAUCCACCAUUAGACUUUUAAAAAUGCGUAGAGCUUAAUGUUAUGCAUACUAAAA